GAACAGCGCACCUCAAAAAAAAAAGAGAGAGAGAGAGGGAGAGAAGGGGAACAGCGGGGCGGCGGCGGCGGCGGCGGUGAGCUGCAGGCUGCGCGCGUGGUGGAGGAAGGGCAGCAAGCUAACGCGGUAGACGGCCGGCUGUCGGGAGCAGCAUCAUCGUCGGGCAAAGUCAGAUCUUGGGCAGUGCUCGCUCGGCGUUCUAAAGAUUGAACAUGCCUUCGCCGCUGAGGAACAUGCCGGCGGUGGCCGCGGCGGCGACGGAGUGCCGGCUCAGCGGAGUAGGGGGUGCCAAGGAAGACCUCAUCCCCAGCAAAGAUCACAAGUGCUUCGUGCGCCUGCACGGCGACCUGAUCCUGAGCUACCGGAUGCGCGCGGUGGGAGGGUCCAAGUGGCCCACGCUCCUGCACGAGGAUGCCCCAAAGAAAUUCGACAAACUCUUCGAGCUCAUCAAUCCCGACGCCUUCUUCCAGAGCUACCUGGGCUGCCGCGACGCCAUCCACGAGAUUCUCGCGAAGACGCCGCUCGUCGGAGAGUUCGACCUCGCCCCCGACAACUGGGAUGACUUCCUGCCCCAUGAUCUGGCCACACUCACCGUGGGCGCGGCUCGGCGCGACGCGUAUGAACAUGGGGGCGUCGCCCAUCGCUACAACGUCGAAAUGGGUCUCACUGUCCGGGUGAAGAUCUUCUACAGCGAGCCCAAGGCGCUGCUCCUCGCGUGCAACCAGCGUGCCGCGCUGACACAGUGCCUGUUCGCGGCGACGCCGACCGAUUGCUGUGUGUGCAUGGAGGAUUUCGUGGCGCCGAGAGACAGCGACACCACCGUGAGGCUGCCGUGCUCCCACGCCUUCCACCGCGCCUGCAUUUUGCCGUGGUUUUACAAGGCUUCAACGUGCCCAAAGUGUCGCCAUAGCUUGGCCAAGUACCUUGAUGCCGCCACCGACACACCAAUGGGGAACUUUCCCGGCCUCCCCAAACCUUCCUGA